UUUUAUAAACCAAGGCUUUGGUCCUCAUAGACUGCUGCUAAAAGUAACGGUCCACUUUAUCUAACCAAUCAUUUUUAAUUGCUUAUCUUUGCUUCAUUCUACGACUAUAUAAUGAAUGAUCUAAUCAUUUUAAAAUUUCCCAAAACAUAAAAAAGCUGAGAAAUUUUUUUCCGAAAAGAGUUGCACUUUUUAAAAGUGAUUUAAUUCCAUGUCUAGUAGAUCAAAACUAAGGCAGCCUUUGAAAGUUGUGCAUAUAAAGACACAAUACGUGGAAACUGAUGCAUGUAGUUUCAAGUCUGUGGUUCAAGAUCUCACUGGCAAGGACUCCACCAUAGCUUACGCGCCUUCAACUUCACGGGUUAUGAAAGUAAGUAAAGAGAAAAUUAGUGCUCGGCCUCAAUCGAGGCUAGCACGUACGAGUCAUGGCCCUCAGACAACGCCUGAGGGCCAUUUCAUGCUUGAUUGUUGUGAGGGAAACAACCUUCAAGAUUGUAUGGGUCGAGGUAGUAGUGGUGGUGGGACUUAUUCGUUUUUGUCUAGGAAUUUGUCUUACAAAGAGAUGGAUAGGUUGUUGAAGGAGUUGCCUCCUUUGGAUGACUUGCAUAAAGUUUUAUCUUUUGAUUAGUACAAAUCAUUUUCUUGUCUAAGGUAGGAAAAAUGGAGAAGAUAUUAUUAUAUGGUUCAAAAUGGUGAGCAUAUUGUUUCGUGUAAUUAACAGGGCCUAACACGACUAUCGUUAUUUAUUAUUAGGCAAGGGAACAACACAUUGGAAGGGAAAAAAAAAAUUAUAAAAUCGAUAUGCUCUACACCAUGUAGUAAAUCUUUAGUGUAUAGUUGAUUUUUGUUUUAUUAA